AUGGCGAGAAUUGAUGAAGCUGAUGAAAUGGGGAAAGAUGAAAUUUGCAUGGAAAAUCCGAUUUUUUCAAUUAAUGACGAUGAUGAUCCAAAUCCGAUCGUUCAUUUAACAGAUCGACCGAAUAAUAUUCAGCAAUUAUCGAAGAUUGACGAGACUGAGGAACGAGUGGAAAAUCUUGAUACUCAUCAAAUGUCCACAUUUGGUCAUCAGGGGACACCGAUUGACUUUGAGCGUUUGAGAGAGAUCGAUUUCGAGGGAAAUCUGAGAUUGGGUGAAGCGUUGGAGGGAAUCGAUGACGAGAGUGAUGAGAUGGAAAAAGUCGAAGAAAAAACCCGUCCCAACACGAUUCGACGCUUUUUUUCCCAAAGUGGACCUUUUAAACCAAAAGCCAACCGUUUAUCAAGUCGGCAGAUUGAGGAAAGAGAUUUGGAGAAAACGAGGAAAAAACUCACAAAGAGUUGGGUCAAUUCUUCGAUUUUUCGUAAGCACACUGACGAGGAGGAGUCUGUUGAAGCCGCCAAUUUAUCGAUGGACCCACCCCCGCGCUUCAAGGAUCUCGAGAAUGAGGAAAAUCCGGGCUUACGCGCGGCGAACUCGGAACAAGCGUCUUCUCAGCUAGAGGAACCCCCAUGGGAUCACUCGCCCAGUGAAACCCGGUGGAUCAACAAUAAGGAAGCUAAAUCCUCAAUGAUGACAGCACUCACCGCUUUUUAUUGCCUAUUUAUCACGAUUUUCGCUCUCGUUCUCGAGCUAUCACAUUUGCUAUCGGGUGAUGAGGAGAGAAAGAUGAAUCCGAAAGAUUGGAUCUUUGGCUUGUACAUGUACGGUUGUGGGAUCAUCUUCUUUAUUUAUAUGUAUUCCGUGCUUUUAUUGAAUCCUCGAUGGUUUUCCUCGAUUGGUGGGAUAAAGCGUUUGUUUGGGUUGAAGAAGACAGCUGACAGUGGCGAGUCUUCUUCCACAUCAUCAGCAAAUUCGGAAGCGGCCACAAUUCGAAUGGUCUCUCACACAUCACCCUCAGCUGGGAGUCUCUUUUUGAGGCUCGGUUGUGUAGCUUUCGGUGUGAUCGGGCUUGUGUUCAACUCGUUCCUCGUCUUCCUUUGCCUCUCCUCCGAUUCUUCAUGCUCUCGUUUGCAAGCUUCGUUGGAUAUUUGUGCAAUUAUUUUCAUCUUUAUUCAAAUGCAUUUCAUCUUUUGCAAUUCGAAGCUAUCAAUUUCUGGAUCUCAUACAAUUGCUAGACUUGGCACAAUGCAUCUUAUUGCUGCUAAUCUCUGGACUUGGGUACGGUAUAUAUUGAUGGAAGAGGGAGUGAUGGAAAAAGAAAUACGCGAAACCUUUAAAAACAAGAAACUUGGGAACAAGACGAGCUCAGCCGAAGAAGAGGAACAUCACGGGAAGCCAGGGAAAAUCCUUUUGAACACUUUAAUCGCGAAUUAUGAUACGGACAAAUGUCGGGCAGCUGAAUGUAUUUUAGGAAAGAUCUGGGAAAACGGUUCACUCUCUGAGGUGAUGUACACAGCGAUUGUCGAGUACUCGUUGAUUGGCGCGGCUGUGAUGUUCAUUGUUUGGCGUAACAUUGGUCGCCAUUACAACUCAUCCGGUCAAUAUGUGAAGAGAAAACAUCAAAUUCGAGUCGAUUGCAGUAAAACGACGACAGGCCUUUUCCUCGGUUUGGCUUUCCUGGCCACUUCAUUCACUUCAAUGGUCGUUUACUAUGGUCUUUCAUCAAUGAAUGAAAAGAAAAAAGCUGCUUAUGUCUAUGCAAUCACCGACAUUAUCCAAUACAUCUUUUCAUCGAUCGGUUGCGGGAUUGCGAUCUAUCAGAUGCGAAAAUUGCAAUACUACAGUAAUGUCGAGAAAGAAAGUAACAAAAGUGACAAAGCGCAUACGGAGCUACUGGAUCAAAUCCUGUUAAGUCUUGGCCUUGUCGGGGAGUUGAUCUACUCAGUGGCUGGUCUAGUCGGGUUAACAGGUGAUCGUCAUUGGGUCGCUUUGGCUUUUGUUUUGCUUGUCGUUCACAUUUGUCGAAUAUUACAGGUCGGCUUGCAAACGUUUCUUUUGUAUAUGGCUGGUCGGGUACGAGUUUCUGGAGCCGAUCGGGUUUCUCAACCCGGUAAACAAGCCGUCACUUUUCUCCUUGUCGCCAAUUUGGCUUUAUUCUUGAUGAAUCUUUUCGAAUCGGAGAAAGCCGGUGUUUCAGAUAUUAUCACUGAUUUUUACGGAAAACGAUCAUGGGUUUUCUUGGUUCGAAGCUUCUCACCGCUAACAAUUUUCUACCGUUUUCAUAGCUCCGUUUGUCUAGCAGAGAUCUGGAAAAAUGUGUAUGCGAGGAAAGAU